AUGGCCGGGGACACGGGGAUGGCCGGGAAGGUGACACUGCUCCUGUGGGGAGCCCAGAGCACCCAGCUCCUGGUGGAGCCCCCCUGGACGCCGGCGGUGCUGUGGGACCGGGUGACACUGACCUGCAAGGGCUCGGGGACAGCCGGUGCCACCACCUGGUACAAGGACGGGCAGCGCUUGGGGCAGGAGGGACGUGACCGCAUCACUGUCACUGAGAGGGGCACCUACACGUGUGACAGACCCGGCAGUGGGCUCAGCCCCCCCGUGCGAGUCUCCAAUGAGCGGCUGGUGCUGCAGGUGCCAGCAGUGACACUGCUGGAGGGGGACACGGUGACACUGCGCUGCCGGGGCAUGCUGGACAUGUCGGUCACCAGGGUGCGAUUUUACCUGGAUGAGAAGGAUCUGGGGGGGUCCUUCAGGGGAACCGAGCUGCUCCUCUCCCCCCUGCAGCUGCACCACAGCGGCCACUACCGCUGCAGGGGCUCAUUCCCCUUCUGGGCGUCAGUGUCAGCACCGGUGACAGUGACAGUGCACGAGCUCUUCACGGUGCCCAGGCUGGACAUUCCCUCUGAGCCCACUGAGGGGACCCCCCUCAAUCUCAGCUGCCUCAGCACCCCCAGCCCCCUGCGGCCCCAAGCCCCUCUACUGCACCUCUUCUACCGGGAUGGGCAGUUGGUGGGGGGCCCACAGGAGUCCCCACAGCUACUGGUGCCCGCCGUGAGGGUCUCCCACUCGGGGACUUACAGCUGCCAGGUGCGCUCCAAGGUGGGGACCGUGCAGAAGAGCAGCGCCCGGCUCCACAUCAGGGUGCGCAGGGUCCCGCCCUCGGGGGUGUCCCUGUGGGCACAGCCCCCUGGGGCACAGGUGGCACUGGGGGACCGCCUGGUGUUGAACUGCGCGGUGGCAGCGGGGACAGGUCCGCUGUCCUUCAGCUGGCACCGGGGGGGCUCGGGGGCACCGCUGGGCACCGGCCCCCGCCUGGAGCUGCACCACGCUGGGGACAAUGACAGCGGCCACUAUCACUGCCGGGUCAGCAAUGGGGACAGCGUGGCCGAGAGUGUCCCCUUAAAUGUCACCGUCCUGGUGCCCGUGGCCAAUGUCACCAUCACACCCAGUACCCUGGCACUCCAGGUGCGUGCAGGCGACCCUGUGACCCUGCACUGCUCAGUGCAUGUGGGCUCAGCCCCUGUCACCUUCACCUGGCUACACAAUGGGCAAGAGGUGGCCCUAGGUCCCCUCCUGGAGCUUGGGGACACCGAGAGGCGACAUUCGGGCACCUACCAGUGCAUGGCCACCAACCAGCUGGGACAGGAUGGGCACCGCGUGUUCCGGGCACUCAGCCCCAAGCUGGCCCUGGAGGUGACACCGCAGGGACCCUGGAACAGAGCUGCCAGGAAGCCCCAGGAAAGGGCCCCGCCGGACCCCCCAGAGGAGGGCGAGGUGCUGUACACCCACGUCGUGAGCGCCAGGCAGAUGGGGGCAUCCCCCCGUGCCACCACGCUCCAGGAUUCCCAGGUGACCUACGCGGAGCUGCGGAGACCCCACGGGCGACUGCGGGAACUCAGUGACAUCUACGGGAAUGUGCUGUGA